AUGGAGUUGCAGCUGUACAAACCGAUGGCAAAUACUUUUGUUUUGUCCACCUCUGAAUCAGCAGCUGAAUUUAGGCUGGUGCUCGUGUACCCCCUGAAAUACAGGCUGAGCAGCUGUGCAGCAUGCCACCUGUAUAUUCAGCACUGCACUGGGUUAAACGCCGAGGAUCACACUUCCUGCUACGUGGUCAUAGCCGCUGCACUUGCACAUGCAGGGCCAUACACACUCUAUAUAUGGGGAGACAAAUACUCUGUUAACCCGUGCUUCCAGAUGUUACUUCUGGAACAGGCUAGCUUAAUAUUAACCCUUUUAUUGUAUACCACAAUGUGGGAGGGGUGUCGUCACAGGGAUAUUUACUCAAGUGUGAAUUGUUGGGAAAAUAAAAUACAAGGGCACAACACAAUAGCCAAAACUGGGAGAAUUCUCCAAACCCAACAAUUCACACUUAUUCACUAAAGUGUUAAUUGUUGGGAGCCGAAAGUGGAUUUAACACUCUAGGUCACACUAGCUGAAUUGGUAAAAAUUCUCCAAGUCAGCUAUGUGUUCCGUUGGAUUGCUCUGGCCUUCAAUUCACAAGAUAGUGUCAGUAAUAAUGUUUACCAUGUACGCUGUGGCUUGAAUUUAAAAACCAGACAAACAAAAAAAACACAAAUAGCAGGACUUUAAUAUGUUUAGUUGCUCUGCAUGGGGAGAAGAAAGAAAAAAAAGUGUGCAGUAUGUAAGCACAAUCUGGGUGAAACCAGUUACAGACAUCCCAGUGGGCCCUUAUAUUCUGUCACCAUUGUUCCUGCUCACAUGGAAAAUCUACCAACAGCUUCACAUAACUAUGUUUAUAUAGAAAUCCAGUUUAACUCUUUUUUUCUUUUCUUGAUGGAUUGGUGUGUAGCACACGGAAACACAUUCCUCCAAACGUUGUCCAAAGUCUCUACAAGCAAAUUAAUUAACACACUACAGAAUACUAGGUUGUAAAUCUAACACUAUAGUGUCCCUCUGCGCCUGCCUCCUUUCCCCCCAUCACAGCAAUUAAAGGGUUAAAAAAAACCCCCUUUUUUUCAAUUGCCUUAUUUCAGCUCUAAGAUCCCUCGGCACUGGCUUAGUUUCUUCGGACAUCACCGUGAGAAAGGGGACCUCAUGCGCAUGCAUGGCGGACGCUAUAAGCGUGUUAGGCCGUCCUAUAGGAUAGCAUUGACUCAAUGCUUCUCUAUGGAGAUUUAUAAAUCCCUGGACAUCUUGGUGCAAAGCGUGAGGGCGUGCAGCACCAUUUCACAGAGUUAAACUUCGUGAAAAAGCAGGAAACGCCGCUAGUGGCUGUCUGAUAAACAACCACUAGAGGCAGUCUUAACCUUGCAAUGAAAAUAUUGCAAACUGCAAUGUUUUCAGCUACAGACGUAAGAGACAAGGACACUGCAAGCAGGCAGGACCAAGCAGUAAUGUGGCUUUAGAAUUGAAAAAGCCAGCAAUUUGUGUUUCCUUCCCAUAUGAUUGAAUGGAUUAUAUGAAGUUUCGAUUUAUAAAAUCCCAAUGUACUCUGUGGGCCUGCGCAACUCACAGACUGCAAACGCAAGGUUACUGAUACCACAAUGAGAAUUGAGCACUGACCACAUGUUAUUACAGCCUGUAAACUAACAAUGUUAUUCAAUAAAGUGAGAAUUCAAAGUUAAUUUCAAAUUGAAUGCAAGACUAGCUGAAUGGAAAAGCAUAACCGACUGAGAGGAUUUUCCCUAGUUUGGCUACUUUGACCAUAUAUUUGAAAUUCACCUUGAAUUCACAGUAAAUUCUCUUUUCAUAUUCCUAUUGCAUAGAUUUUUUAUAUUUAUAUUAUAUUUCUAAAUGGCUGCUGAAUGGGUGCGCGAGAACUAUUCAUGCACCCACCUUUGAGAUCUUCCUUUACUUUAGGGAUCAUUAAAAUAAAUAUAUAAAUAAAUGGAUGGCUGCACAAUAAAACCAGUCUGAGGUACAAGCGAGAGCUCAUUUUUCUCUGACCAGGUCCAACCUUUGUGAUGAGAUAACCUGCCUAACAGGUCUCACACAGCAGAGAGUUGUCCUAGUUAUUACAUGUAAUCGUUUCUAUCUAUAUCUAGAAUAAACAUAUAAAAAGCUAAGCACUCACAAGGACUAGCACUGGGUGCACUCACAAUGUCUGUUUAUUGGAGAAGCAAUCUAGUACACCGAGGUUUAAGGAUUAAACGGGCCCUGUCACAUCAUUGCUUUUUUUUAUAAGUCAUUUAAUCUUCCUCUGUCUUCCCUCCUUUUUAUUUUUUCCCCCUAAACUCCAUAUUUUUUUAAGUAUGGACUGGCUUUUCUUAUGGCGAACUCGAAAGUUGGCGAUCUUUGUGAAUGGGUGGAGCUUAGUCAAGCACUACACCCAUGUUUAUUUUCUAUUCUCUGUCCAUCAAUCUAACUUUGAUUGGCAGAUUUUGUCCUCUGCCUCUGUCCUAGUGACCUGCGUUAUUCACAGAUCUUUAUCUGAAAGUAAUGGCAAGUGCAUGAACAGUUACCUGAUCAUUCCCCCCCGAGGCAUUCCUUACUUCUUUUUUUUUUUACAUUACAAGACUUAUUCAUGGAAAGGAUUUAAAAAAAAAUUAAAAUUUAAAUCACAAUUCAAUCACGGUGGGAUUGACAACUUAUUUGGUGUUUGCUGGGUGUCUACUCAUGUGAAGCAGGAAGCCAAGGCCAUCUUAUUGGCUGAGACUGUCAGCCAGUGAGCUAAGCCCUCCACCACCAUGCUUAUCUGGCAACCGGUGCCCAGCAGACCUCAGGUAGUGUGUCAAAUUGUUCUCAAACUGUUUGACUACUUACACUGGGAGGAUGCCAGAGGACUCCACGCACCAUAACCACUACAUUUUUAUUUUCCUAUAGGUUCAUUUGAUCAAACAACACUGUAAAGUGUUGUGGAAUAUGCUUGUGUUUAACCCUAUCACAACUUUUUGCUUAUUGAUGACCAUAUGAACCGAGCAUUACAUUUCCCUUUUGUUUUCGUUCAAAAUUGAUGUGAUUAGGCAACCCUAAUUUCCUGUUUGUGCAUUGUUCUGUGCUACAGGAUAUGUUAGAGCGCUAUAAACAAAAUAGCAUGUGCCAGUGGUUCCCAAUGACCCUCUUUCUAACAUCAAAGCCAUGGAGGGCCAAGAGGUAGGAAUCAUUUGAAGACCGACAAUGCCCAUUAUGCUUGUCUGGCUUAGAUCUACGUGAAAAAGUAAAAAAAAAAAAAAAUAUAUAUAUAUAUAUAUAUAUAAAAAGUUAAUGGCUUUUUAUAGAAGUUUCUGAUCCCACGUUUUUAUCGUUCUUUUUCACUUUAGAAUAAAUAGCAAGUACAGUCUUUGUGUAAGAGUUUGCCUUCCUAUUGUCUCGUACAGUACAGCAAACAGGCCUUUUAAUGUAUAGAUGCCGCAGUGUAAAUAUUCACAGAUUAUAAAAUAAAGUAAAGCAAUGUUCACUCAGUCCUACCCUCUCGUAUCUUCAAUUUACACUUUUACAAUCAACGGCUAAGACUUUAGGCAAUAAAUCAGAGUUGUUUUUGUUUUAAAGCACAGCCCACCCCCCAAAAGCCCUGUAAAAAAAUGUUGCUACAAAAAAAUCUGCUAUAGGGAGAGGCUUUUUUUUCUAAGGCCUAGCUGCCUGCAAGCAAGCUGUAUGAAAGACCUGCCCCUAACUGGGGCUCAGUCAGACUGCUUCUCUUGUCUUUUAUCACAAUGUGGCCGCGCUGACUUGUUCCCAGGGAGUUGGCAGACGUUCAAGGUCUUGUGAUGUGAUUAACAAGCCAACUUCUUGUCCUUUGACACAGAAGCACUAGCCCAGUACAGCCCUAUUUACCAGUGGCGGUGCAAGGCAGGCACAAAAACCAUGUGGGAUUAUUCACUAAAGUGCGAAUUGUUAGGAAUUCAAAGUGAAUUUCAGAUUUUUUGAACAAAACCGUUAAAUACGAAGAAAGAAGAAAAAAUAUCUGCGGUAUGGCUAUGUUUUCGGUUUGGCUAUAUUUGCCUAAAAUUUCAAAUUCUGUAUAAAUGCUGAACAAUUCACAAUUUAGUGGAUGACCCCUAUAGACUUAGACUUUCCAUGCCUGUUGCUCCUUGCUAAAUUAUGUAUUCCCCCUUGAUUCCACAACAGGGUCGCUCUAUAUGCAACAAACUUCAGGAUUCUUUAGAGAACAUAUUCCGGAUGGGUUAAUCUGCAAUGUGGAUUUAAUCACAAAGUCCAGCUACGUAGUAAUUUGGCACAGAAACGGUUACCGAGAUCAGGAGAGGUAGUCUGGGGGUCUUUUUCCAAAUCUUCCUCUUAUAUAAUGAACAGAACAUUAGGUCGCCUGCAGUGUGUACUAUUGAAAUGCUUUAGGUAGGAAAUCCGUGUAAUAAUCAGGGGGAUUCUGUAGCAUGUGACUGCUCUAUAUUCCACAGGGCAGGAUUUUUAAAAUUUGCUGCAAACAGAAAUUAAAACGCAAUUUUGUGUGUAGGAAAGCAAUAUUCUAGAAACUCUAUUAUAUAUAACAACGUGGGGCGGUUGGAAGAUCGGCACUAUACAAACACAUGGUCCCUAAUGUGAUUUUACAGAGUAGAUCCACUCUGCAGCAUGCACUGGUGAAAGUAAAGUAGUUUCCUUUGAGUGGUAAAAUGUGCCUGGAGCUGUAUGGUCAGGGACUACACUGCAAAGCAAGUUUAAAAUAAAAAAAAAAAGUUUCCAACACCAUUUGUAAGACAGACAGAGGAGGAGGUAGAAGGAAAUAAACAAGGAAAUGUGAGAGGCAGAGAUGGGGCCUGGGGGGAGGGCUGCACAUGUCUCCCCCCUCCCCCACAAUCCUUGGCUCAUUGAGACACCCAGCACUUGGGGAACCUUUGAAAAUCAGACACAGAAUGUAGAAUGCUGUUUCUGGGUUCUGUUAUGAGAACACUUGUAACAAACACUUGAGAAUUCUAAGGCAGGAGUAUGUAAAGCAGGAUUUAUUAGUUUAAACUAAAAAGCAGUGAUUUUGUAAAAGAAAAAAAAAGUACAUAGUAGUGAUUAUUAACUUUUUAAAAUACCACCAUUUUCAGGCAGCCAUACGCUAUUAUUGUUAGGGGGGGAUUUAUAUAGCUAUCAUUUGUAACUAUAUAAAAAGGGUAUAACAUAGUUGGGAAAACUUUACUUACUGCUGGAUUCAGAGUGGGUGCAAACAUAUUCUUAAUUUGCAAACAAGUAACUUUUUGUGAGACCAGCGACAUAACGUGAUUAAUAAUUGAAGUACGUGCAGGUAUUGAUCGGUGGAGUAAGACCCCAUCUUCCCAGUGAGCGUGAAUGCUGCUCCCAGAAAAAGGCGGCAGUGUACUCCAUACUGGUGUCUGUCUGCAAUGUGACUGCUUCUCCCAGAGAGAGAUUCAUGCAGUAAGGCUGCAAUGUGACUGCUUCUCCCAGGGAGAGAUUCGUGCAGCAAGGGCAGGCUGCAAUGUGACUGCUUUUCGUAAGAAGAGACUCCAACGUGACCGUUUCUCCCAGGGAGAGGCUCAUGCAGUAAGGUUGCAAUGUGACUGUUUCUCCAAGGGAGAGGCUCAUGCAAUAAGGUUGCAAUGUGACUGAUUCUCCCUGGGAGAACAUUCAAUGCACACAUGGAGAGAUUCACUGGCUGCUAUGUGACUGCAAGUUCUAGGUAUGAAUUCAUGCAGUAGAGUACCCCAUAGUGGGCUCUGUCUAUGUGACUGCUUGUGGUCGAUGAAGCUAGCUUGCAACUCCUUGAGUGAACUAAUUGAACAGAGUUGCUGAUAGUGUGCCCUGCAGCUCCCUCGCAGACACAAGUGAGCACAGGGGAGCCAGCACAAGGGAGGCAGAACUGCUGUUAGUGUGCUCUGUUCCCGGUCAGCCACUGGACCAGAGCUGCUGAUAGUGUGCUAGACACAGAGGAGGCAGAAGUUCUGAUAGUGUGUUCUGUAGUACCCUGGCAGUCUCAGAGAGCCAGACCUGUUGAUAGUGUGCUCUGUCGUACCCUGGCAGUCUCAGAGAGCUCAGGGGAGGCAGACCUGCUGAUAGUGUGCUCUGUAGUACCCUGGCAGUCUCAGAGAGAGGGUCUGAUAGUGUGCUCUGCAGUACCCUGGAUCAGAGAGAGGGUCUGAUAGUGUGCUCUGCAGUACCCUGGGUCAGAGAGAGGGUCUGAUAGUGUGCUCUGCAGUACCCUGGAUCAGAGAGAGGGUCUGAUAGUGUGCUCUGCAGUGCCCUGGAUCAGAGAGAGGGUCUGAUAGUGUGCUCUGCAGUACCCUGGAUCAGAGAGAGGGUCUGAUAGUGUGCUCUGCAGUCUCAGUAGAAGCAGCACAGUACACGAGGCUGGCUGCAAUGUGACUGCUGCUCCCAGACUGAGACACACAGCUUGUAGCACUAAGGAAAUUGGCGGCGGCCAAUAGCAAGGUCGUAUCGUGAUGUCACGGUGGCAGGGGGGAGUUGCCUAGAGACCCCGGCUGGGUCAGCGUUCUAUCCCUCCCACCCGCUCGCGAGCACCAGUUAUAUAGUUGAGGCUGCACGUUAGCCAGGGAGUUCCAGCAGCCAGCUCUUUGCACUUAUCACACCAUCACCACCACCUACCACCACCACCACCACCACCAUCAUCAUUAUCCAUCCCAGCCAGCCAGCCAGCCUGCCGGCGGAAUACUCUCAGCGCUGCCAUCCUCCUCUGCUCUGUCCUAGUCGUGGCUAUUCCAAAGCCCUCACUUAACGCAGGAUCUAUCGGUCCUCUGGACUCGCUGACAGCUACAAACUGGAUCUGGAAAUGUCUGCAACACUUUUAUCUGCCUUCUACGACAUUGAACUGUUCUGCAAGGUACGCACAGCAAAGCUUUGUGCCCUGCCUAUAUAGUGCCUGGGUUUAUUUUACUUUUAUUUAUUUUUUUAAUUUCUAUUGGUGCUCUUCAGAAACUUUUUUUUUUUUUAGGGUUCCCCUGCAAGCCAGGGACUGCUCGGGAAAGGGGAUCUGUGUACUUGGAUUAUGAUUUUUUUUAUUUUUAUUAUUUUUUCAGACUUUGUUGGGAUGUCUUCAGGAGGAAGUUAGAGCAGUGCUUGAUCAAAGUAUAUGAUCUAGGGCAGCUUGCUUACAGGGGGACAGUGUGCUGUGUGACUUGUGCACUUGGAUUUGAGGCAUAACCUCUGUUAUGUGGGUUUUUAGACUGCAUACUUGGAUCUGGAGAACACUUUGCACAUGUGGAUCUGAGUGGAAGGGUUACUCUGUACUUUAUUUACUUAGAUCUCCUGUGUAAAUCACACUUUUUGGAAUUCCAGUAUGUGUAUAUAUUUUGCUAGAUGACAGUAUGCAGGGUGUAGUUUUCAAGGUUGUGCAUUAGCACACCAGUUAUGUGGGUUUAUUUACAGACACUGAGUUGGGGAGGACUGGGGGGGCUGUUUUGUAGAAUUGGAUAUGAAACUUGGUUUAUAUAUUGUACAUGUGGGUCUUGGGUGUAACUUGUGCAGUUUAAAAGGCAAGGAAGGACCAGGGUUGUAGACUUUGUGCUUAGAUCAUGAAUGCAGAUUAUAGGCAACUUCUGUUGACUGUAUACAUGGAUAUUGGGUAGAAACAUGAAUCUAGUACUGCAGACACAUAUCAUGUCUGCUGGCUUUGCAUGCCAUAAUAUCUUGUUUGUACCCCAGAUCCAGUCACACAUUGCAGAUAUGGAUCAAUUCUCUUGACUUUGUGUCUUGGGUAUAAACAGGGAUAUGGUGAUCAAGUUGCUGAGACUGAAUACUCUUGUUGACGUUCAUUGUUUGUAUCUAAGUGCAGAUUGCAGACAGGGUUCACUUUUACUGACUUUAUGUUAAAGUUUUGGGCUACUGACAGGUAUGUGUAAUGCAGAUUGCAGCUAAAUAACUUGCAUUUUGUUUCUCUCUCUCUCCUGUUUUCUUGCAGAACGAGAAAGCCCUGAACAAUCUGAACUUCAGUACCAUGCUGGACAAGAAGGCUGUGGGGAGCCCUGUGAGCUCCCCUAACUCCAGCUUCAUCCCUGGCUUUCUCCGCAGACACUCUGCCAGUAACCUGCAAGCUCUGACCAACAACAACUCGCCCCCCAAAUUCUGCAACAAUCCCCUAAAGGAGCCCAACAAUACAGGCUCCAGCAGCACUACGAGCAACACCGCCCUGAUGAACAAAGAGAAUAAGUUCAGGGACCGCUCGUUCAGCGAGAAUGGGGAGCGCAGCCAGCACCUCUUCAACCUCCAGCAGCAACAACACAGCAAGUCUGGAGCACAGAUCAACUCUACCCGAUACAAGACUGAGUUGUGCAGACCUUUUGAGGAGAGUGGAGCCUGCAAGUAUGGUGAGAAAUGCCAGUUCGCACAUGGCUUCCAUGAGCUGCGCAGCCUGACUCGCCACCCCAAGUACAAGACCGAGCUGUGCCGCACUUUCCACACCAUCGGUUUCUGUCCCUACGGACCCCGCUGCCACUUCAUCCACAAUGCUGAGGAACGGAGACAGGCCCCUGGGGGCCAUAGCGAUCGUCCCAAGCUGCACCACAGUCUCAGCUUCUCUGGCUUCUCCAGCCAUGGGCUGGACUCCCCACUGCUGGAGAGCCCAACCUCUCGUACCCCACCACCACAGCCCUCCAACUCCCUCUACUGUGAGGAGACCGUGCCAUGUGCCAACAAUGCCUUUACAUUCUCCGGCCAGGAGCUGGGACUGAUCACCCCAUUGGCCAUUCAAACCCACAACCUGUCGGGCUUUAACCCUGCAGCCUUCUGCCGCCAGCAGUCCUCCAACUCGCCACCCCCAACCAUCAACUUCCAGCCGCUGAGACGUCUGUCCGAAUCUCCUGUGUUUGACAACCCUCCCAGCCCCCCGGAGUCGCUGUCCGACCCGGAGAGCUAUCUGAGCGGCUCCCUGAGCUCUGGCAGCCUGAGCGGCUCAGAUUCCCCUACCCUGGACUCUAACAGGCGUCUGCCCAUCUUCAGCCGUCUGUCCAUCUCUGAUGACUGA